AUGGGAAUCAGACGAGUGUUGCGUCUGUCUGUGGAACCCUUGGUACAGUGUUUGACAAAGGUUCCCCACAGACUCAGCAGCCGAAAACCCCCUGUACCCCUCGGGGCAAGACUUCUCACCAACCCUGAAGAUAUCUUUCAGAAUAACAUGUGGGACCAUGUCCAGUGGACAGUGGAAGAGAGUGAAAAUGCCAGACUCAAAGCUGAGGAAAAUUCCAGAGAACGGAUUCCAAUGGAAGAGCAAGUGAAAUACGACAGAGAUGCCCAUAAGUACUGGGAUGGCUUCUAUGGCAUGCACCAGAACAAGUUCUUCAAAAACCGCACGUGGCUUUUCAACGAGUUCCCAGAGCUUUUUCCACCAGGCUGUGUGUGGAGAGAGGCUGAGCAGGAGACUGGGAGUGCCGUGGCCAGUGAGACUGGGAGUGCCGUGCCCAGUGAGACUGGGAGUGCCGUGCCCGGUGAGACUGGGAGUGCCGUGGCCGGUGAGACUGGGAGUGCCGUGCCCAGUGAGACUGGGAGUGCCGUGCCCGGUGAAACUGGUGGAGAAACUCAGGGGAAGACAAGGGAAGCUGUGGUCCAGCAGUGCACCGUCUCUGUCUGUGAGGACUCACACUGCCACACUGUCCCACGGCCCGCACGGUCACCAGGACACGACCACACUGUCCUACGGCCUGCACGGUCACCAGGACACGAUCGCGCUGGCCCCGGAGAGCAGGCCCUAUUCAGGAUCCUAGAGGUUGGGUGUGGAGCAGGAAACAGUGUGUUUCCCAUCAUCAGGUCCAUUAAAGGGAGUGAGGCGUUCCUGUAUUGCUGUGACUUCUCCCCGCGUGCUGUACAGCUCCUCAAGGAGCACCCUGAGUACGACUCCUCUGUGUGCCACGCGUUUGUGCAUGACGUCUGUGAGGAGUCGGUCUGUUUUCCCUUCCCUCCCCUCAGCCUCGACGUUAUUCUGCUGGUGUUCGUGCUCUCAGCCAUCCACCCCCAGAGGGUACAGGCAGUUGUCAGGCGUCUGGCCUUGUAUCUGAAGCCUGGGGGAGUGCUGUUGUUCAGAGACUAUGGCCGACAUGAUUUAUCACAGCUCCGAUUUAAAAAAGGACAGUGUUUGUCAGACAAUUUUUACACAAGACAAGAUGGAACUUGUGCUUACUUCUUCACUAAAGAUGAAGUGCGUAGUUUGUUCACCUCUGCUGGUUUGGAGGAGGUUCAGAACUUGGAGGACAGACGCUUACAGGUGAACAGGAGGAAGAAAUUGGUGAUGCGCAGAGUUUGGAUUCAGAGCAAGUUUCGCAAGCCACACCCCUCACCGCUGCCAGCCUAA